AUGAAAAUAAUCUUCGUUUUAUUGCUGAUCGGAUUAUUGACCAAUUUAAGUUAAACUAAGUCAGUUGCAAAAAUGAAAGAAUGUUUGACAUAUGUUCUGGGGUACAAUUAAUAAUGCUAUUAAUAAUAUCAGGAUUGCCUAUUAAAAGACAUUUGCUUAGGACUGUAUGUUCAGGGUAAGACUCUUUGUUUAGACGAUUUCAAAUACGAUACUGACCAAUAUUUGGGGGAAUGUGUGAGUACUUAAUAUGCAAAAUUGUAAAAUGAUGAUGCAAAACUCUUGGUCGAUUGUUUAUAAGAGUAAUGCGAUAUUUUGAAUAAUCAUGCCCCACUGCAGCAUCUUUCAAGAAUAUUGAUAUUGAUCUACAUAUUUACUUAAUGA